GUAAGUAGCCUACAAUAGUUCUAGCCUUCAUUUGACCACUGGACAGUGGACAAAGAUCUAGCGUGGAUCAUUCUGAAGAAUUUUCGGCCUGCUGGAGAAACCCAUCCUCCUUCUCAAUGGACACUUCAUUCUGUUACCCCAGUUUUCAACCUGACACAGAAAGCAUAAUGUCUGUGAUGCAUGAACUGAAGGAAAAGAACUUAACAGACAACACCCUUCUCUCCAACUUGGACUUUGCUGAGAGAUUCUUUAGAGACCAUCCUCUAAAACCGUACUCCAAAUUGCUAGUCAAAGGAAAUUACUCUUGUGUACAAAUUGGUCAGAAUGACAUGCAAGUUUUUACUGUAACAUCAGAAAACAACCAAACCUAUGUCAGUGUCUUUAUCCAUGACACAUUUGAUGAAAAAAUCAAAAAGUCUUUCAUUGAGGCCAUGCACUUUUUCAACCACUCCUGCCAGGAUGAGAUUAAAUCCUGUUUUACACAGGCACAAGAAGCUGUUACUAAAGAGGACCUGACAAGAUUGCACAUCAAAUGCAACAGGUUCUCAGUCACGUACGCCACUCGAUUUAGCGGUCCAUGUACAACUGUGGAAACUAAAUGUCAGUUAAAGCUAGAGAACCUCACUGCGGAGGGUUUACUGAACAAAAAGGUUUGGUUGCAGAAAGAGAAGCCCACAUGUCCUGGUUUGAUAGCAUGUCUAGACCAUCUCAUAAAGCAAUACCUGACCACAAGCAUUUGCAGAUGGGACUCCUAUAGAUUUGUCAUACAUGCAGACAAAGAAAUUAUCAGAAUCACUUCAUGUAAUGAAGAAGAACGAGAAUAUGUAUUGAUACAUGAUCAUGAAGGGGUCUCAAUGUUUCCUCCAACACUGCAAUAAAAGUUAUGACAGCACUCCAGAAAACUGCAACAUAUUCUGUUGAAAUAUCUUCAUGUGCAUUUUUAAAGACUAAAGAUUAAAGGAAAUCAUUAUAUUCAUUA